AUGGUGUGCAAAAAGUCUCUCGUUGACUGGCGCCCAUGCGGGGAUUACCGACGGUUAAACACCUCCACUGUGCCUGACAGGUAUCCACUUCCCCAUCUCCACGACUUUUCAUCUAGCCUAGCUGGAGCAACAAUAUUUUCCAACACUGACUUAGUCAAAGCUUUCCAUCAGAUACCCGUUGCUCCAGAAGACAUUCCCAAAACGGCGAUUACAACAACGUUCGGUCUGUUCGAGUUUGUCAGGAUGCCCUUUGGGCUACGCAACUCCGCCCAAACUUUUCGACGUUUCAUCAACGAAGCCCUCCGCGAUCUACCUUUCGUUUUUGUCUACGUCGACUAUGUUCUGGUAGCAAGUUCCAGUGAACACGAGCACCUACAACAUUUGCGUCUCAUUUUUGAACGAUUGAGCCAAUUUGACGUUUUCAUUAAUGUUUCUAAAUGCGUUUUUGGCGCACAGUCGCUGUUUUUCCUAGGACAUCGCGUAGAUGCUUCUGGUUGUCAUCCCAUAGAUGCCAAAGUUUCAGCUAUUCGCGAUUUCCCUACUCCCACUUCUUUUCAACAACUGCGCCGUUUUAUAGGCCUUGUCAAUUUCUAUCGACGUUUCAUCCCUCAUUGUGCUCAAUUAAUGCUACCACUUACUAACCUUUUACGCGGGAACAACCGUGAGUUUUCUUUUCCUGACACAGCUGUAGAGGCUUUCAAUCGUGCGAGGAAGGCUCUUGCGGAUACAACUGUCCUUGUUCACCCUAUACCUGAUGCCCCACUUUCCAUUGUGGCCGACGCCUCUAAUUUCGCUAUAGGUGCUGCCCUUCAGCAACAGACGCCCACUGGCACCCAGCCCUUGGCUUUCUACUCUGUCAAAUUGACACCUCCACAAACUCGCUAUAGCACUUUUGGUAGAGAGCUUCUUGCAAUUUAUUUAGCCAUUACGCACUGUCGUAAUUAUAUUGAGGGCCGAGAUUUUUGUAUUUAUACUGACCACAAGCCUCUUACUUGUGCCCUCUCUACUUCUUCUGACAAGUAUUCACCCCGCGAGGCCCGCCAUCUCGAUUUUAUUUCUCAGUAUACCGCCGACAUUCGAUUUCUUAAAGGCCUUUAUAAUCAAGUUGCUGACCGUCUUUCUCGGCCUGGCAUUAAUGCCAUCACCCGCCCUUCCAUCGAUUUGGAGCGCAUGGCAGAACUGCAAAAUCAGCCGACUUUCAGUGAGAGCUUUCAACACACUAGUCUCCAACUUGAAGCCAUUCCUCUUUCCACCACCCCCGGUACAAUCUUGUGUGACGUAUCGCGCGGUGUCUCCCGACCCGUAGUGCCAAGCGAGAUGAGACCAGCUGUUUUUGCCGCGUUGCACAAUCUAGCUCACCCUGGCAUCCGCACUACCCAGCGCCUAGUCAGCGAGCGGUUUGUUUGGCCAAGCAUGAACACGGAUAUCCGCCAGUGGACCCGUUCAUGUUUGGCCUGUCAGAAGGCCAAAUUCGGACGGCACAACAAAGCCCCCAUUGGCACUUUUCUCGCACCCGACGCACGUUUUUCACAUGUUCAUAUCGAUCUGGUAGGUCCCUUUCAAACAUCUCGUGGUUGCAACUACUUACUUGCUGCGAUUGACCGAUUUACUUGUUGGCCCAUUGCAACUCCCAUACCUAACAAACUGCCGAUUCCGUUGCUCAUGCUUUUUUGGAACACUGGAUCUCUCAUUAUGGCGUCCCCUCAACUAUUACCACCGAUCGAGGCCAACAAUUCGAGUCUAGACUUUUUAACAGCCUUACCAACCUCCUCGGAUGUUCUCGCAUACGCACGACAGCAUACCACCCCUCAUCCAACGGCUUAG